AUGUCUGAUUUCGAAGAGUUUGAGAAGCAGCUGAGCGAGAACCGACAAGAGCGGGAGCGGGAGCGGCACAAAAAGCGGAGUCGCAGCGGCUCGCCGCCCGCCCGCGCAGACAAGCACCGCAGCCGGGAGAAACGCAGCCGCAGCCGGGACCGGAAGAGCCGGGACCGCCGCAGCUGCUCCCGGGACCACAAGAAGCACAGCCGCUCUCCCAGGCGCACCAGGAAGAAACGGACCUGCAAGUACUGGGACGUUCCUCCGCCCGGCUUUGAGCACAUCACACCGAUGCAGUACAAAGCUAUGCAAGACCUCCUCCCAUCAGACCUCCUCCCAUCAGACCUCCUAACUGUCAGAACUCCUGCUAUCAGACCUCCUCCCUGUCUGACCUCCUCCCAUCAGACCUCCUCCCAUCAGACCUCAUCCUAUCUGACCUCCUCCCGACAAACCUCCUCAGUGUCUGACCUCCUCCCAUCAGACCUUCUAACCAUCAGACCUCCUCCCAUCAGACCUCCUCCCAUCAGACCUCCCAUCAGACCUCCUCCCAUCAGACCUCCCAUCAGACCUCCCAUCAGACCUCCUAACUGUCAGACCUCCUUCAAACCUCCUCUCUACCAGGCCUCCUUCGGACCUCCUAACUGUCAGACCUCCCAUCGGACCUCCUCCCUGUCAGUCUUCCUCCCAUCAGACCUCCUCCUUUACAGCUCUCUCUCUUCCUCCCGUUCCCCAGCGGCCGGUCAGAUCCCGACGAUAGCCCUGCUGGCCUCGUCCACCACCACCGGAGUGGCCGCCGCCCCGACCCAAGUGCCCAUCAUGCGCCUGGCCGGCCUCUCACAGGCCCCGAGCAACCCCGUCCUCGCCGUGCAGAUCAACCAGGACAAGAACUUUGCUUUCCUAGAGGCCAUGGCCUUCGACGGGAUCAUCUUCCAGGGCCAGUCGCUGAAGAUCCGGCGCCCUCACGACUACCGGCCUCUGCCUGGCAUUUCCGAGCAGCCGGCUUUCCACGUCCCGGGCGUUGUCUCCACAGUGGUGCCAGAUUCCCCCCAUAAGCUCUUCAUCGGAGGCCUGCCCAACUACCUUAACGAUGACCAGGUUAAGGAGCUCUUGACGUCCUUUGGGCCGCUCAAAGCCUUCAACCUGGUGAAGGACAGCGCCACCUCGCUGUCUAAAGGUUACGCCUUCUGUGAAUACGUGGACAUCAGCGCCACCGAUCAGGCCGUGGCCGGGCUCAACGGGAUGCAGCUCGGGGACAAAAAGCUGAUCGUCCAGAGGGCGAGCGUCGGAGCUAAAAACGCCAAUCCUAGCUCUCCCUCUGACUCGCUGCCCCCCCCCCCCACCUCCAUCAUAGAGACCCCGGUGACCCUGCAGGUGCCCGGGCUGCAGAGGCUGCAGACCUCGGGCCUGCCCACCGCGGUGCUGUGCCUUCUGAACAUGGUGAUGCCCGAGGAGCUGGUGGAGGACGACGAUUACGAGGAGAUCCUGGAGGACAUCCGGGAGGAGUGCUGCAAGUACGGCAGCGUCCGCUCCAUCGAGAUCCCCCGGCCGGUGGCCGGCGUGGAGGUCCCCGGCUGCGGAAAGAUUUUCGUGGAGUACGUUUCUGCUGCAGACUGUCAGAAAGCCAUGCAGGCGCUCACCGGCCGCAAGUUUGCCAACAGAGUGGUGGUCACCAAAUACUACGACCCCGACAUGUACCACAGGCACGAGUUCUGA